AUGCUUUUCUCCACUAUCCUCGCCGCCGGGCUUGCUCAGGCCAUGACCGCUUCCGCUGCCACUAUGAUGGUCACCGUCGCGGCAAACAACAAGUUCCAGUUCACUCCCAACUCGGUCACCGCCCAGCCCGGAGACAUGGUCGCCUUCAACUUUGUUGCUCAAAACCACUCCGUCGCUUCAUCGACUGCCAAUAACCCUUGCCGGCCUGAGCAGAACGCGAUCUUCUCCGACUUCCAGCCCAUCCCCGGAAACCCCAACGGUUCCCCUAACGGCGCUGUCACUGCUGCAGCCAAGGGAAAGGGAAAAGGGAAGAACAAGGGCCGCCAAGCCGGCAAUACGCCCAUGUUCAUGGUUCCUAUAACCGACAACGCUCCCAUCUACAUUUACUGUUCGCAGGCUCAGCAUUGCCAGCAAGGCAUGGUCAUGGUCAUCAACCCUCCCAACGGCAACGCUGUCACUCAGUACCAGAAUAAGGCUGCUCAGGCUAAUAACAACGUUUCUCCCCGCGGCGGCAUGUCCGGUGGCUCCAUCACCAAUAACAACGCUGGGACCAACCCCAAGAACGUCCUCGGUGCCCAAGCUGGUGAUGCCGCUACUGCUGCGACCACACAGGCCAAAGGCAAAGGCAAAGGCAAAGGCAAAGGCGGCAAAAAUGCCGGUGGGGCUGCUGCGGCUGGCGUUGCUGCUCUUCUCGGUAAAGCCAAGGGCAAGGGUAACUAG